AUGGCUAAGACGAAGAAGACUUCGAAAAAGAGGAAGUCCACAGUUGCAGAUGAUGAACCGGAAUUCAUUCACACUAUACCGGCAGAAGGAGAUGGAGGAAGGCAGGAAGAAACACAACCUGAUGACACACAACUUGAAGACACUGAGCCUGGUAUGGCUGAGGGUACGAUAGAUAGCCAGAUGGAUGUACAUGAGGCUGUUCGAGAGAGUACGGAAGAACAAACCCGUAAGGAGACCAGUUCACAAGACGGUGCGAGAGAGGAUGUUCCUGAUACGGCUCAGCGACGGUCAAAGAAACACCGAGGACCCACUAAGAUGAAGGAUAUUGCAAAAGAUCCUAAUACCAGGAUAAAAGUGGAGUUCACAGAGUUGGGCGAACCUUGUGGUGAAGGAUCAGUUAAGUUGUCUUCUUACUUAGGCCUUUUGGUUAGGGAACAUGUUCCGGUGUUGAUAGAUGACUGGAGGAAAAUCGGUGAAGAGCGGAAGACAGUUCUGUUGAAAUCUAUUAAGAUAUGGUUUGAGCUAGAAGGAGAGUAUGAGAAGGCGGCUGUCAUGAAGCAGAUGGGAUGUCUUUGGAGAGCCUCUAAGUCACGCUUGGUGAAGCCGAUACUGAAAGCUUAG